AUGAACAAAUUCUCAUGUCCCAUAUGUUCUGAAGCCUUUUCAGUAGUAAUAACGGAUAAAGUACUUUUGUAUGGAUGGAAUUACUAUGAGGACUAUGAAGUACAACUUCAGCAAAUUAUUAUGUCUGAAUCUACUAACGUCAUCAUGGAUAUUGGAAAAGUGAAAUACUUUACAACCGAAAUCCGUUUCUUGUGUCUAAUUCUGUCAAUUGUAUACAGGUUGCCAGAUAAUGCAUUCAACAUCAUAAGCUGCCGUAUUAAGGAGUUUAAUUUCGAACAAAUCAAGCGGAUUAUAGACUCCGCAGAGAGGAAACUGAAUCAUGAAUUAGCGCUUCUUCCUGAUUCUGAAGUAAUCAAUUUGUUUUUUAAUGCAAACUUUGUAAAUGAUGUAAAUCAAGGUUUUUGGUUUAUCAAAGGCUCUAGAAGUGACAUGGUGAAAGCUUAUUUUCAAAAUGGAAUUACUAUUGAAGGAGUAUUUCGAGAUAGCAUGCCGACUGGAAAUUGUAUUGUAACAUUUACAGAGCAGAAUGUGGAAUCAGAAGUCGAGUUUAAGAAUGGGAAACGAAGUGGUUUUGCCACUUAUGAUUAUAAGAAUAAUGGGCUUUUCGUUGUUUGCAAUGUAGCGGACAGAUACUCUACUUUAUGUAAAUCAAUCGUCCCUUAUACUCGAAACUAUUACAAUCACUCAGCUCUUUGUAUUGGCGAUAAUUCUUUCAAAAUCGAGAGUAUAAAGUGGAAAGGGGAAGAGCUUGAUAUGGGAAAGAACCCGGGGCUGAAAUGGCUGCUUGAGAAUUUUGAUGUGGCUCAACGUCACAUUCGAUUCAAUAUGACAGGAAAUUUGCGAAGGAGAUUGCCCGAAGACUACCAAUUGUGGGCUGGCAAUAAAGAGUUCUCUCGAUUGGAACAUGUUACCUUAUGCGCGCAAAAGAUCAUUAAGCGAGAUGUAGUGAAUUACUUGCUGCCUGCUGUUCAAAAACUCUCGAGUCUGAACACUUUCCUUCUUAGGAGUUCAGAUCUACUUUCACAGCCUGCUAUUGAUACAGAUGUAAAACUGUUCACGGAAAAUGCUUCAAUAAUCUUUCCCAUCCUACAAUUUCCACGCUCUCUUCUGAUCUUUGGAGACCCAAAGGAGGAGGAAGAGAUGAACAGAUUUUGCUUACACCUCAGCGAACUGAAGCACCUAACAGAUUUGAUUUUUGAGAUCAAAGACUUGCAUAUUAAUGAGGAACUUCAAUUAGAACGUCUGAUCUUGAAAGAAAUCAAUAUUGAAAUGUUGGAUCUUGUUUAUAGUUGUACAAGAUUGGAACUAUUGCAUAUUAAGGAUUGCAUGAAAGUAAAAAGCAUUUUUAUUCAUAAUGAACUACAAGAUAAGCUUGAGCUUGUAGAUUGCAAUAGCUUAAGGGAAAUCGUUAUUGGAAGUGACAAUAUUUCGAAGGAAGAUGCUAAUGCGAAUAUUGAUAUAACUGAUCUACAAAACUUAGAGAUACUCAAGAUCGAUUUAAUGAUGUUGCGAUCUUUUUCUGUGGGCGAGUUAGGGUUUUGCAACUACACACCAUAUUUAAGCGAACUUAAGAUAGGAAAUCGGGCGUUUAAAGAGUCUACCUUAGAUAUAGCCAUGCCUCUGUUGUUUUUGCGAGAGUUUGUGAUUGGAGACUCUUGCUUCACAAACACUAAAAUUCCAAACAUCGACAAGCUAGUAAUCGGAAAUAAUUCUUUUACAAAUACGCGCAUUGCUCCAAUUGCUUGUAUUCCUGAAUCACAAGAGGAUCUAGACGAGAAAUACAAUAAUCCGUUCGAAAUAGAGAAGAAGAAAAAGGAUAUUGAGAAUAUCAUGAGGAAGCAAGAACUAUCUAAGGAAGACUUUACUUUGAAUAUGAAGUUCCCUUUUUCUUUAUUGAAGGAGAUUAUAAUCGGUGAGAAAUGCUUUUACAAUACUCCUCAGUUAGAAUCAAUAACGAUCAAGAAAGAUUUGCCAAAUUUGAAAGAGUUUUAUAUUGAUCCUGAAUUAAAUAAGUCGCUUUACAACAUUCGGAUAUUCAAAGUUGAGCAAUUACAAGGGAUUGGAUAUGCAACAGCAGAGCACUCGAUGAUGGAGGUACUUGAUUUUCCAUGCCUUUCGAAUUUUCUUUAUAAUGCAAAGAAGCCGAGAACCAUUGAAGAUGAAAAGAAGCAUCCUAAUGACUAUUUUGCUGGACCCAAUGAAUACAAAGGACAUAUAUGUUAUGAAAUAAAAGAACUGACGGAUGAUUAUAUUGAUUCCCGACGUAAUGAGUUAAGGCAUUCAAAUUGA